UUAAUGCCCUAUGGGUUGGCGCGGUAGUCUGGCAUUUUCCUUAACCCGGCGUUAAGGCGCACUCCCCUUGAAGUGGUCCGUUUUGUAGGGUAUUCCUUCGAUGUAAUUGGAAUCUUGACAUAUACACAGGGCUUACAGAAUUUACUUGAAUCGAUUUGACUUUGCCACUGACUUUCACAUCAACAAUCAUGUUCGAUAGACAUUGGAUUCCAAAGGAUAUUGAUUCCAGUAUGUGGCUGUUAUUUCUGUCCCUCAUACUGCCGCCCCUUGUGGCACCAAGCCCCCUCACGGAGCUGUACCGUGUGCCCCUGCGUCGGUUUCCCUCGGCCCGGAAUCGCUUCGUGCAGUUUGGCAUACGGAUGGAUCGAUUACGACUGAAGUACAGCAGAGUGGAUGGGCGCAGUCGGCCGAGAGGCGACUGGGAGGUGAGAAGCGAGCCACUGAGCAACUACCUAGACGCUCAGUACUUUGGGCCGAUCACCAUCGGCAGCCCGCCGCAGACCUUCAAGGUGAUCUUCGACACGGGAUCCUCCAACCUGUGGGUACCCUCCACCAGCUGCGCCCCCACGAUGGUGGCCUGCAUGGUGCACAGUCGCUACAACGCGCGGCAGUCGAGCAGCCAUCGCCGGAACGGUGUCCGCUUCGCCAUCCACUACGGCAGCGGGAGUCUGGCCGGUUACCUCUCCAGCGACACGGUGCGGGUGGCUGGCCUGGAGAUCCGGAAUCAGACAUUCGCAGAGGUCACCACGAUGCCGGGCCCCAUCUUCCUGGCAGCAAAAUUUGAUGGGAUCUUCGGGCUGGCCUAUCAAAGCAUCUCCAUGCAGGGUGUUAAGCCUCCAUUCUACGCGAUAAUGGCAAAUACUACACGGAGUUUGAUAUGGGCAACCAUCGGAUUGGAUUUGCCGAGGCCAAGAACUAAUCCAACUGUUUAUCUUCGAUGUGGUUCUUUCUUGUUGGAAAAGCAAGAAGUUUUAUUGUUCCAUUAA